UGGCACGCGGGGCGCCAUGGCGGCGGCGGCGGUGGCGUUUGCGGCGUCGCGCCGCUCUUGGAGACGUCUCUUCCGGUGGCGAGCUCCAGGCUCUCGGGCUCCCUGCGGGCUGAUCUGCCCCACGCGGGGCCUGUCAGGUGGCAACGAGUAUGAUCUGCUGGUGAUCGGUGGGGGCUCUGGUGGCCUAGCCUGUGCCAAAGAAGCUGCCGAGUUUGGAAAGAAGGUGGCCAUUAUGGACUUCGUGGUUCCUUCUCCCAGAGGUACCAGCUGGGGUCUGGGGGGCACAUGUGUGAAUGUGGGCUGUAUCCCCAAGAAGCUCAUGCAUCAUGCAGCUCUUCUGGGAGGCGCCCUCAUGGAUGCCCAUCACUACGGCUGGGACGUGGCCCCCUCAGCACCACAUAACUGGAAUCAGAUGGCCAAAGCGAUUCAGAACCACAUCAAGUCCCUGAACUGGGGCUACCGGGUGCAGCUGCAAGAGCGGAAUGUCAAAUAUUUCAACAUCCAAGGCAGUUUUGUGAAUGACCACACGGUGCGGGGUUUCACCAAAGCAGGAAAAGAGACUCUCGUUACCGCAGAUCACAUUGUCCUCGCCACAGGAGGGAGACCCAGGUACCCCGAUGAUGUGGUGGGGGCGAUGGAGUACGGGAUCACCAGUGAUGACCUGUUCUGGCUGAAGGCGUCACCAGGAAAAACGUUGGUGGUUGGAGCCAGCUAUGUGUCCUUGGAGUGCGCGGGAUUCCUCACAGGCUUGGGCCUGAGCACCACCGUCAUGAUGAGAAGCAUUCCGCUGCGGGGCUUUGACCAGCAAAUGGCCCUGUUAGUGGCCGACUACAUGGAGUCCCACGGCACAAAGUUUUUGAAGCAUUGCACGAUGAAAAAAUUGGAAAAACUUGAGAAUAACCGGCUCCGAGUCACCUGGAACAACCACGAGGCAGGCACGGAAGAGUCAAGUGUCUUUGACACCGUCCUGUGGGCCAUAGGUCGAGUUCCAGAGACCAGACGCUUGAACUUGGACAAGGUCGGAGUGAAGCUUCACCCAAACUCGCAGAAGGUCCUGGUCAACGCCAGCGAAGCGACUUCGGUAGCGCACAUUUACGCCAUCGGGGAUGUCGCAGAGGGACGUCUUGAGCUGACACCUACCGCCAUAAUGGCAGGGAAGCUGCUGGCACGGCGUCUGUUCGGUCAGUCCACGGAGCUCAUGGACUAUGACAAUGUGGCCACAACAGUCUUCACUCCCCUGGAAUAUGGUUGUGUGGGAUUGUCGGAGGAAGAGGCAGAGAGACGCUACGGAAAAGAUGACAUCGAGGUUUAUCAUGCAUAUUAUAAACCUCUGGAAUUUACUGUAGCUGAAAGAGACUCUACUCAGUGUUACAUCAAAAUGGUGUGCUUGCGAGAGAGAGACCAGCGGAUUCUUGGCCUUCAUUUCAUCGGCCCCCAUGCAGGCGAAGUUAUUCAAGGAUUUGCUCUUGGAAUAAAAUGCGGGGCCACAUAUCCCCAGAUGAAGAAGACAGUAGGCAUUCACCCAACCAGUGCCGAGGAAGUGACCAAGCUGUGGAUCACCAAGCGCUCAGCCUUGCCGGCAACUGUCACGGGCUGCUGAGGCUAAGCGCCCAUCCCCGGAUAAUCCCAGGAGCACCCAGCAUCCUCCUCUGUCAGCACUACCAGCUUCCUCUGUCUCUGAGCCUUAGUCCACUCAUUUCAGCGCAUGUGAUUUCAUUGGAGCCCCUCACGCAGCCCGGAAUCCAGGCCCAGAUGUGCCUGUAAGGUCUGUUGCCCAGAGUGUUUUUCCAACCCUGAAACGUCCCCUGUUACCCAGCCUACCUGCGUCCGUGAUGGCGGUGGGAACGGAAGCAGGACCUUUGUUUUAGCGGCAGAGACAUUGGCCACGUGGACAGCAGGCAGCCACCUCCCUCUGGGCAGUCCAGCCCUCUCAGGGCCACCUCUGGUUCUGUGCUUGUCCUCUAGGCCCGGGCUCUCGUGGACACUGGGCCAGAGUGACAGGGCACAGGACCCGAGGAUGCUGGGGGUGAGCCUCCCCUCAGCACCAGGACAGGCGGAGGAUCUGCUUCUUAACAGGGUCCUGAUGGAUUCUUAAGAACUUGUUUGUGAUAAUCACCAUGUUCCUGCCCAGAAUUACUGUUGUCUGUCAGUCACAGACUGAAUCCGGUGCUAAUUUACCCAAAGACAUUUUCUCUGAUCAAAGGAAGGAAGGUGAGGAAUCUUCUUCCCCCUUGUCUGUGUACCCUGCUCAUUUCCUGACAGAUCGCUGUGUGCUCCUCCGGGGAUGGCCCUUAGCUGGGGAACCGCCCGCCCAUCGUGGGAUGGAUCCCCCACAGCUCAUGUUUGUAUCCUAAUGCCAGACCAUGACGACUUGUACAGAAACCCACCCAGUGGGCUGUGCAAGUCUGAGCUCCCCUGGUAUUUCUUGUGUAUGUGAGAGAGAGAAUCUAAAUUAGCUCAUAAAUAAAGAAGAUGCUUUAUUCGCUAC